GGGGCGGGGCGGAAUCUCCGGCCCGGGCGUGAUGGCGGCGGCGGAGGCUGCUGCCCGGGCGGUAUCGGUGGGCCCGGCGGUCGCUAUGGCGGCAGCGGCAGCAGCAGCGGGGCAGCGGCUGCUGCUGCGGGCGGCGGGGGCCGGGGCCGGGGCGGCGGAGCGGGUGGAGCCGGCACGGGGCCGCGGCGGGCUGUGAGGAGGAGCCAUGGAGCGGCCUGGGAGCGGCGGCGCCGAGGGGGCCUGGGCCGCGCUGCUGGGCCGGCAGCACCAGGCCCGGGAGUACUGCCCGGGGGUGAACAACCAGCCCUACGUGUGCGAGACUGGGCACUGCUGCGGGGAGACCGGCUGCUGCACCUACUACUACGAGCUGUGGUGGUUCUGGCUCCUCUGGACCAUCCUCAUCCUCUUCAGCUGCUGCUGCGCCUACCGGCACCGCCGGGCCAAGCUGCGGCUGCAGCAGCAGCAGCGGCAGCGGGAGAUCAACCUCAUCGCCUACCACGGUGCCUGCAACUACCCCGCCUCCAUGAUGGACCUCAGGAUGCUGGCCUCCUUUAAGCUGCCAGCCUAUGAGGAGGUGGCUCACCGGCCCAGCACCCCGCCGCCGCCGUACAGCACCAUCCUGGCUCAGCUGGGCAGCCCCCGCGGUGCCCCUGGCUCCAGUAGCCUCACGCUCUCGCCCAGCUCUGCCAACUCCAGCAGCAGCUGCUCGUGUGGUUCCAGCUGCAUCACGUCCCCCAGCAGCACCUCCCUGUCGGCCCCAGGCACCGAUGACACCGAGCGCAGCCGUGCCAGCACGCCCAGCCACGACGGUGAGGGUGGCACCGGCACCAGUAGCACCGGCACCGGUGCCAGCUGGGAGCUGCCUCCUGCUGAAGUGCCGGUGCGUGGGGGCCCCCCGAAACACGCCUUGUUCUCCUCCACCGUGGACUUCUUUGAGGCUGAUGGGCACCUCUGCUCUGACAUCGAGGAGGGCGAGGAGGAGGAGGGUGGCGUGGCCCAGGAUGAAGGUGGCACUGGUGGUGGCAGCGAGCAUUUCAGGCACCGACGGCUGACAGGGGACUCAGGCAUUGAGGUGGGACGAUGCCAGGAGGAGGAAGAGGGUGAGGGUGAAGGCACCCACCUCCUGGGCAAGGCUGGCCCCGCACCUCCACCUUGCUGCUCAUCCGAGGGGCCUGGCUCACCCGCUCUGCCCAUCUGAGCCUCUCAGCCACCCCCUGCCC